UAGGCAUGCUGCACGUAACAUGGCCCCAAACCCUAUAGCAACACACUCUCCACAACUCAUAUCAUUAGCAUUAUUACUAUAUUAAACUUUGCACGUCAUGAGUUCGAUGGUAAGAGACCGCAAGGAACAAAUGGUAAUCCAGUCUUCAAUAGUCUUGCUUCAAGAAAGAUUCAGACAGCUUCAGAGAGCGCGAGAGUUAAGAGCUGAACGAGAGCUCCUUAACCCUAAACCUAACCACCAAGACAAGAAUAUGUCACAAUAUUACAGGGAACCCGUGAGUUUUGGUUUCUUUCAGUUUCUACCUCUAAACUCUCAAACAAGCUCGUCACAGCAGCUCCUCUCCCUCUCCUUAUGCCCUCAGUCCAUGUCUGAUUCCAUUGAAAAGCCUAGCUUUUGUCAUCACUGGCCCCAAAAAGACGAGAAGAAAGUGGUUGGGAUUGAUCGAUACGAUGACGUUGACACGUCUCUGCGUCUCUGAACUCAUAAAAACUGCUCAUCUCCAUCUUUUUGGUUUGUCUUUAAUUUAUAAAUAUGUAUGUAUAACCUUUUUAGGUCGGUAUUCUCUUUUACGGAGUCUUGUAGGUGGUGAUGAUAUGUAAUAAUAUGUAAGGUUCAAAUUCGAUCAUAUAUAUUAUUAACUAUUCGGAGCUAA